AAGAUAAACUCCGAGAAUUCAGAGAUGAAGAUUUGUAUAGGAUCCAUAAAAUGUCAACUGGAUCAUAGUUUCAUUGGCUGUCCCUUUAAUGCCACCCCUUCUUUUACAGCCUAUAUAUUCCUUUCAGAAUUUGAUAGGUAAUUACAACAGCACUCAAAGUUGAGGAAGAAGGGGCAAACAGAGAGGAAGAAAAGAAAAAGAAGUAAAAAGCUGUUUAGAGAGCAUGACAAUGGACAUCAUCCCAAGCUUAAGUGCUGGAACCUGGGCACUCCUUGUUCUCUUCUUGACUCUCCUGUAUCUAUAUGGGACCUGGACACACAAGGUCUUUAAGAAUCUGGGAAUUCCGGGACCAGCACCUCUUCCUUUCUUUGGAACUGUUCUUGCUUAUCGCAAAGGUUUUGUAGAUUUUGACAUGACUUGUUUCAAAAAAUAUGGGAAAACCUGGGGGUUUUAUGAUGGCAGACAACCUGUAUUGGCCAUCAUGGACCCAGAGACCAUCAAAUCAGUGCUGAUAAAAGAAUGCUAUUCUGUCUUCACCAAUCGUCGGACUUUUGGUCCAGCAGGGAUUUUGGAGAAUGCUGUCUCAAUUGCUGAAGAUGAGCAAUGGAAGAGGAUUCGAACAGUAUUGUCUCCAACAUUUACAAGUGGAAAGCUCAAGGAGAUGUUUCCUAUCAUUAACCAAUAUGGAGAUGUUUUGGUGAAGAACAUGCAGAACGAAGCAGAGAAGAGCAAGCCUAUAACUAUGAAAGAAAUUUUUGGGGCCUACAGUAUGGAUGUGAUUACCAGCACUUCCUUUGGAAUCAGUGUGGAUUCAUUGAAUAACCAGAAUGAUCCUUUUGUCAGAGAAAUCAAGAAGUUAAUUAAAUUCAGUUUUCUGGACCCGCUCAUACUUACAGUUACACUCUUUCCAUUUCUUAUUCCUCUGCUUAAAAAAGUGGAUGUAACUAUAUUUCCAAAAGAAGCAACUAACUUCUUAGCAAAAGCAAUUGAAAAAAUAAAGGAAGAGCGAAAGAAAAAUUCACAGAAGCAACGGGUAGAUUUCCUUCAGCUUUUGAUGGAUUCUCAGACUUCUAAAAAUUCAGAGACUCACUCUUACAAAGAUCUGAGUGAUGAAGAAGUCCUUGCCCAAUCCAUUAUCUUUAUUUUUGCUGGCUAUGAAACCACCAGCUCAGUCCUCUCCUUUCUUUUUUACCACCUGGCCACCCACCCUGAGAUCCAGGAGAAACUUCAGAAGGAGGUAGAUGCAGUUUUACCCAACAAGGAAGCAGUCACGUAUGAUGCCAUAGUAAAGAUGGAGUACCUAGACAUGGUAAUAAAUGAAAAUCUCAGGCUUUACCCCAUAGCUGGCAGGAUUGAAAGGGUUGCUAAGAAAACAGUUGAGAUCAAUGGAUUGAUGAUUCCUAAAGGGACAGUGGUGAUGACCCCACCCUUUGUCCUUCACCGUGACCCAGAAUACUGGCCAGAACCAGAAGAGUUCCGCCCUGAAAGAUUCAGUAAGGAAAACAAGGAGAGCAUCAACCCCUAUUUGUACCUGCCCUUUGGUGCUGGCCCCCGAAACUGCAUUGGGAUGAGAUUUGCACUUAUGAGUAUGAAAGUUGCUACUAGUCGACUCCUGCAGAACUUUUCCUUCAGAACUUGUAAAGAGACACAGGUUCCUCUGGAGCUGAGUAAUCAGCCACUCCUUACACCUACUGUACCCAUUAUCCUUCAGGCUGUACCAAGGACCAAGAAGGCAAACCAACUCUAGAAAUUCUUUCUCUUUUUACUUACCCCCAUCUACAAUCAUGCCCAAGAUUUCUCUUUUAUAUGCCAAAGAAAAUGAAUCCCAGGAUUUCAAAAGUAACUUUAUUUACCUUAUGAGGCACACAGAGAAAAAUAAAUGAUUUUUUUCUUUAAAAAAACAACAACAGAGGAUGAGUACUUAGAUAUUACAGAUGGUCUUUUGGAGAUCUCCACAUCUGCAGAUAUGGUUUCAUGUUCCCUGGUGAUAUGUCCCAUACACUGCUCCAACUUAACAUAUUUGAAAAGAAAUGAUCCCCAACAGAUUAGCGAUUCAAUGGAUGAACCUAGAGAAAACUACGAAUUGAUUAUUUGUUCAUUAUUUUUAUCAACAAUAUUCCUUGACAAUAGCAAUUAAAGUGAAUGUAAUAAUGUUGUGGGGGCAUAUUUCUUAUUUUUAAUAUUCUGCAUUUGAUUGAAGCAUACUUUUUUCACUUUCUUAUUAUUUUUCUUUUUUUAUUCCUUUGCAUCUGUGUUUUCUUCUAUAGCAUGAUUAACAUGGUAAUGUAUUUUGCAUGCUUGAACAUGUAUAACCUAUAUCAAAUUGUUUCCUUCCUUUUGGAGGAAGGAGGUGAAGGAGAGAGAAAGAGAAAAAAAUUGGAACUCAAAAUGGUUAAAUGAAUAUUAAAAAUUGUCUUUACAUGUAACUGGAGAAAAAUAAAAUAUUCAUUUAAUAUGCUAUAUUUUAUAGUCUGCUGCUACAAACCAAUAAAGAUAUUUCUGGAAACCUCUUA